AUGCGAGAGAAGUGGGAAGCCGCGCAGGCAAAUCUCCGGGCGCAGUUGGAAAAGGACGACAAUUACGUGCACUUUCUUGAAAGUGUUGAAAAAGAAUUAGCAAGAAAGUUGCGGUUUGCUCGUCGGUCGCGAAGUGGCACUCUCUUGGAUAACAUCGCCUUCGACAGGUUCGUCGAGGCGACAGCUCAACUCAAGUACCUCCACACGUUCUAUCAAGGAAAACUUAAGCUAAUUGUGGAUCCAAUAGAUGAUGAAAACGCCUGUUCUUUUGACGGGAAGUGCGACGUUUUGGUGGAAACUUUGGAGGAUAUGCUAAGCAUCCUUCGAAUUGUGUACGGACAACUAUUUUCUAGAAGAGAUGCCACCAACACGGCAUUGCAAAUCGCGUUCGAGAAGGGCAAAAACGAGUGGGAUGGCGAGCUUUUGGAAAAGUACUUACAGAGUCAGUUUCUGACUGUCGAUGAGUUGGUCGCGCGUCCGCUAAAUCGCUUCGAUGAACUCAUUCAGUUUGUCAAAGCGCUAAGCGUCACCUUCUCAAAAGCUAAAGAAAACGAUAUUGCUCGUAAUGGCUGCAACGCGGGCAAUACCAAAGGAUACUGA